CACCUUGUCCUCUUUCGUGCCAAAGUACAAAGCUUGUACAAUAACAAUCCUCUCUUCAAACUAUCACCUCUCUAUCAAUCUCAAACCUAAACAUUCCCAAAAUUGUUAUCCAAAUUUGAUUUAGUUCAUUCAACUAUUUUACUUUCAUAAGCUAUUUUGCAAAGUCAUCAAUUAUUACUACAAUGAGCAACAUGAUGAACAAAACAGCAAAAUUGCAGAAGCAAAUUAUAGCUGGUUUAACAAAGUCCAAAACUAUGGCAUUAAAGUCCAAAACAAAUGCCAUCAAAGCUCGUUUAAUUAUAUUCUCACUCAUGAAGAAUAAAAAGUUCCUUAUGAGUUCAAUUUCAGAUAAGUUUCAUUCUGUUUGGGGGAGUCAUUCUCAUCAUCACUCCAAAGAAGGUGGCAAUUAUGAUGAUCAUAAUAGAGCCAUGGUUGUGUAUUACAACAAUGCUCACACUUAUGAGGCGUUGCGAAAUCCAAGUGAAACACAAGUUGUGGAUGAACAAGAUCAAGAAGAUGGACAUGGUGGUUACUAUGAUGAUGAUAAUCCUUUUGGUUCUCAGGGAUUGGAUUUUGACGGAUCGGUGAUUGAUAAGGUGAAGAAUUGUAAGGAAGAAGCAGGGAAAGAAUUUAAACUUGAGGAUGAUAUUGAUGAAGUUGCUGAUCUUUUUAUUAGGAGGUUUAAAAGGAAUAUAAUCUUGCAAAAACAAGAUUCAUUGAAGAGGAAGAGGGAAAUGGUCCAAAAGGGUGCUUGAAUUUCAAGUUUGAUCUUGAUUCAAUGGCUCUAUAUUGCUGCACAGGAUCCAAACUCGUCCUGAUACACGAAAGCUCAACCUCAUCAUUCUCUCCCUUUGAUAUUGCAUUUUUUUUUCAAGAAUAAGGGAGAUUUUAGAAGGAAUAGCUUGGUUUAUUUUACUAUAUUAUAUUAUAUAUGGUUGGUUGGUUUAAUUAAGAUGAGCACAACCCAGAAUUAAUUAACUAGGGUGUGAUUUCUUUGUUCUUUUAUUUUUGUUUUUUUUUCAUUUUGCUUUUGGAUGGUGGUGUGUCAUAGUACUACACCAUGUUCUCUUUUUGAGGUAGCUUUGUAUCAAAUAAAAUAAAAGAGAAUAGAAAUGGACUAUGUUGCUUGUA